GGCUGGCGGAGGCGGCGCCGGCGGGGAGGGAGCGCUGCGCUCGCACCAGCUGUUUCCCGCCUUGAGGAGACGCGCACAGAGGAGCCGGAGCCGCACGGAGGAGCGAGCGAGCCGAGAAGGAGCGGCGCCGCCGGGCGGGGGACGGACACGCACGCGCCGCCGCGCACCCACACGCGCCCGCGCACCCACGCACACGCGGAGCCCCCUCGCCGCCUGCCCGCCCGCUCGCUCCCGGCCCCGAUCCCCGCGGGCGCCGCUCCCCUCCCUCCCUCCCUCCCUCCGCCUCCCGCGCGCCCCGGCCGGGCAUGGAGUACUUCAUGGUCCCCGCGCAGAAGGUGCCGUCGCUGCAGCACUUCAGGAAAUCCGAGAAGGAGGUGAUCGGCGGGCUGUGCAGCCUGGCCAACAUCCCACUGACCCCAGAGACGCAGAGGGACCAAGAGCGGCGGAUACGCAGGGAGAUCGCCAACAGCAAUGAGCGGCGCCGCAUGCAAAGCAUCAAUGCAGGGUUCCAGUCGCUGAAGACCCUCAUCCCACACACGGAUGGGGAGAAGCUCAGCAAGGCAGCGAUUCUCCAGCAGACGGCAGAGUACAUCUUCUCUUUGGAACAGGAGAAGACACGUUUGCUGCAGCAGAACGCCCAGCUCAAGAGGUUCAUCCAGGAGUUCAGCGGCUCCUCCCCAAAGCGGCGGAGGGCGGAGGACAAAGACGAGGGCAUCGGGUCCCCAGACAUUUGGGAGGACGAGAAGGCCGAGGACCUCCGCCGGGAGAUGAUUGAGCUGCGCCAACAGCUGGACAAGGAGCGCUCUGUCCGCCUGAUGCUGGAGGAGCAGGUGCGCUCCUUAGAGGCCCACAUGUACCCCGAGAAGCUGAAGGUGAUUGCGCAGCAGGUUCAGCUCCAGCAGCAGCAGCAGCAGGAACAGGUGAGGCUCCUGCGCCAGGAGACACCUGAGCACCAGCAGCAGGGCCGCCCCCAGCUCUUGUCGGCAAACGGCCCCCCAGCCCCCACCCACCACCCGACUGUGAUCGUGCCUGCGCCACUGCCACCCUCUCACCACGUCACCGUGGUAACCAUGGGCCCGUCCUCCGUGAUCAACACUAUCUCCACAUCCAGGCAGAAUCUGGAUACCAUCGUUCAGGCAAUCCAGCACAUCGAGGGGACACAGGAGAAGCGGCUGCUGGAGGAGGAAGAGGAGGAGGAGUGCCGUGGUGCCGUCAUUGUGACCCCUGCGCGGACCGGCCUGGAGCCCUCCAACUCAGACACGGCCUCCGACUCUGAGGCGGAUGACAGCGACUCCAUGGAGCACAGCAAGGCCGAGAUGCCCUGACCCCCACCUGGCCGCGGGGGGCGGGCAGGCGGGGCAGGGUGUGGGUGAGGGGACUUCAGAGAAACUUGCGUUGAAUUCUUUUACAAAAUACCAUGGAAUUCGGGUCUCUUUUAUGACCUUUCGAUACUGUAAAUGGGAGCGUUAGAACCUGCAGGGGCCGAAUCCUUGCCCUCUUCAAAGCCAAGGGGGAGGGGGGGCGGAGGGGAGGGGGCAGCAGUGCGGUGGUUUUCAGAGUGCCUGGCCUGCAUACGACAGUAUGGGCCAGGUCUGGAACUCGGAGCCCCAAAUACUCAGGGGGGAACGUUCAUAUAAUUUGCCUACGGCCACGCAGUGGCGGGUGCCCCCCCCCAUCUACUGGCACCCUCCUAGGCCCUGCUGGGUUGCCUUGCCUCCCCAGUCGUCCCCCUCCCCAAAUCUCUGGGAUAGACUUCUCUGUUUUCUCCCUGCUAGUUGGCCUUGCAAGGACUGCCUCCCCACAGGCUGUGCCCGGGGCUCGGUUCCUCGGCAUCCCCCCCAGGGGAGGCAAAAGGGCCCAAGGGGGUGAUGGAAGGCCUGCCCGUAGCAGGGCCGGUACCCACGCUGCCACCCUGGGGGGCCCUGCCUGCAGCCCCCUCCUGCAUCACGGGACGGCGGGCUUCCCUCCGUUCUCAGGGGGCCAGUUCAGGCUUCUGGCCUUAGUGGCAGUCUGGGUGGGGGGUGUUCCUUUUCAAAGAUGACGCCGUUUCUGAGGGGUGGGCCGCAGCCUGCCACGUUGGCCACUUUGGGCCCCCACCCCCCGUGGCUUCUUUCCUCCUUUUUUUCGAAGCACUUAAUCUGUUCCGUGGGUCCGACUGGGUCAUGAGGGCGUGCGUGUUCUGUGAUCGUUGCUUUUUGUUGCGUCCUUCCCCGUUCCCCCCCCCCCCAGCUUCCCCCAAUUUGGCUAGAGGCCUAGGCCAGUGUUGUUUAGGGCUGUUGGUAUUUGGUAGGUUCCUCCCCAGCCGCAGCUGUUCUUCAGUUCUUUCAUUUUUUAUAUGGUUUUUCUGUUUUGUUUUUGUUCUUUUUUUCUCUUUUUUUACAGUUUUCGGGUCUUCGUGUUCAUUGAGAUGCUAUUAUAUUUUGUUAAGAAAGUGGGAAAAAUGAGGCUUGUGCCUUUGUAAAGAAACAAAAUAAAGUUUGUACUUUGUUUUUUAGCUGUCUUUGUCUGGGGUCUUGGUCUUUGGGCUGCAUCUUCUCUAAUUAUUAUUAGAAUUCAUUACUCACCUUUCGCCCUAAGCCUCAGGACAGGGUUACACCAAAUUAUUAUUAUUAUUGUCUAUAUAAAUAAAAAUGUAAAUGUCCGUUCGUUACCCAUCUAUGCGCUCCAAAAGUACUUGACGAAUUGCUUUGAAAUUUUCACACAAUGUUGCAUUCGCAUAGAGGAGCGUUUUUAUAUACGUAGAUUACAUAGAUGUCUCACCUGUGACCUUUUUUAGAAAAACCUUCUCGCAAAGUUAGUUGUAUUACCAUCUGCUGGAUGUCAAAGAAGCACAGCUGAGGAUCCCUUCGGCUGCUGC